AUGGCGGCAGAUAGUAGUAAGACACUGGCGAGUGCAGCUCGAUCGGCAACUUAUAACAUGGUUUUGCAGGUGAUAUUUCGCAUGACAACAUUUGCUUUGAAUGCAUUUGUUGUAAGAUACAUCUCAAAAGAAAUGCUUGGGGUUGUCAAUGUCAGAUUAACUUUACUCUAUUCAACAACUUUGUUUGUUGCCCGAGAAGCAUUCCGUAAAGCUUGUUUUAGUAAAACAUCUAAUGCUAAGUGGAUGCAAAUAAUUAAUUUGCUCUGGUGCACAGUACUACUGGGAUUGGCAUGUGGUUUAUCGCUGGCGUAUUUCUGGGUGUAUUUCCUGGAAGUUCCAAAUCCUGAAACAAUACCUAAUUAUUCUGUAGGCGUUGUAGUUUACACUUUAUCAGCUGUCUUGGAACUGUUAGCAGAACCACUCUAUGUGAUAGCACAGGUGCUGUUGUUUGUGAAACUUAAGGUUAUUGUUGAAGGCUUGGCUGUAUUCUUUAGAUCAGUGUUAACAGUAAUAUUAGUAUUAUUCUUCCCACACUGGGGUAUCAUUACCUUCUGUUGGGCACAGCUCGCCUUCACCAUUCUGUAUGUUGUAUUAUACUAUGCAUAUUUUAUAAACUAUAUCAAAACAUCAGGGGAUAAAUCUUUUCCACUCAAGAACACUAGAGAUAUUUUUCCAAAAAGGAACCCAGGUCAUAAAUGGACUGAUCAUACUCUAGCAAAGUUAACUUGGAGCUUUUUCAAACAAGGUUUUAUGAAACAGAUUUUAACAGAAGGUGAAAGAUACAUCAUGACAUUUUUUGGGACAAUAAAUUUCAGUGAGCAGGGAGUCUAUGACAUUAUCAGUAACUUGGGAUCCCUCGCCGCUAGAUUCAUAUUUUUUCCUCUGGAGGAUAGCGCAUAUUUGUUCUUUGCACAAACUCUUGAACGUGGUAUUCCAGUGAAAGAUCAACCAAAAAAAUCGAUGGAUUUAGCAAGCAAAGUGUUGGAGUAUUUACUUGGGUUUGUAUUUAUUAUUGGUCUAACAAUAGCAGUGUUUGGAUAUUCCUACUCACAUCUACUCUUACACCUUUAUGGUGGUGAUGAUUUAAGUAAUGGACCAGGACCAACACUAUUACGAUGGUAUUGUGUGUAUGUGCUUCUGUUGUCUGUUAAUGGUGUUACUGAAGCAUUUGUUUUUGCUGCCAUGACAACCGCAGAUGUAGACAGAUUCAACCAUAAAUUGCUGGUAUUUUCUGGCAUAUUCAUGUUCUUUUCGUGGUAUUUUGCAAAGGUAUUGGGUUCAGUUGGAUUCAUAUUGGCAAACUGUAUCAAUAUAGCUGUUAGAAUCCUACACAGUAUCUACUAUACACUUAAUUAUUAUAAAGAUACAGAAUAUAGACCACUAAAAGGAAUCAUACCAUCCCUUAUGGUACUGGUUGUCUAUUCAUUAGCACUUGUUAUCACAGCAGUUUCUGAGACCAAACUCUGCUGCGAUAAAGGAAUAUUAUUUCGGCUACUACAUAUUGCAAUAGGUGGUAUAUGUUGUGUAGUUAUAUCAAUAACUGUAUAUUUUUCAGAGUACGAUAUGAUUGAAUUCAUAGCACAACAAUUUAUAACAAGAAGAAAAGCUACAAGCGAGAAGAAAAUAAAAUAAUAAAAAUAGAAUUUUUUUUUAUAAAUUUAUCUUAAAGAGAAAUCUUAUUCAUUUUGACUGUAUAUGAAUUUUAAAUAUCAUUUAUAAAUAUAUAAGUCUGUCUUUUGUAGUGUUCAUUAAUUCCACAUACAGGUAACUAACUCCGUCAGUUGUACAAUAGUGCAAUGUUAUCAUAGGACACUGUUCAGGGUGUGAAAUGUUUAAAGCUAUUCAACACCAAGCUAUGGCUUUUCAGUGAUUUGUUGUGAAUGCCAAGGAAAGUUUAUUGUCCUUAUUAAAUUAUUUCAACAUCAUAAGUUACAAA